UUAUUAUUAUUCGUAUCGAAAUGGCCUACCCAGAAGUCACAGUAGCAAUUGGAUGCAUAUGAAAUGUAGUACUGCUAAAAGUGAACACGGGAAUUUCUAAUAAUAGCACCAAAAUAAUAUCGUGCACAUAAUGACUAUAAAUGUCUAAAUUAUAUUUUUCAUUACACUUGAUCAAUUGAAUAUAAUCAUGCAACACGUGAAGCCAUCUAUCAAAGGCGAUCCUCUGUGUCCUCUUGGAUUUCAUCCACAAGUUCGCUGGCCAACAAGAUGUAAACGAUGUUACAGAGACUAUAAAGACCAUACCAAUAGGAAUAAAGAUAACGGAAAACCAUCACUUAGAAAGGAUGAUGUGACGUUAUCAAGCCCUGUAUUGACUAAUGAAUUAUCAGACCAAAAGAUUGACUCAAAAUGGUACGAAUUACCUAAUACUAGUAGUCGUGAUGAACAGGUAAAAAUAAACAAGAGCUGUGGACCGAAUCGAAAAUCUUCAUCAUGGACUUCUACGCCAGAUCUAUCUAAACUUUCAUCUACUGCUAAUUCUAAAUUUGACAAUUUUGAUAAUUUUACCAACACGGAUUACAAAAUUGGAAGAAAAACAAAUAUACUAACAUUUGAUACAACUUCAAAAUUAAACCUAAGGAAUAGUUACAACGGGGAUAUCGACAUUAUUACUCCGGUGCAUAACAUCAACUUAUCAGACAGUAAGUGCGAUCAAAAUGACGACGUAAUAAGUUUGGCUGAUUCCGAUGCCACUAAUGAUACUUUUGCUACUGUCAUAAAUGAUGAAGAUUUACACGACCAAGUCUUAAGUUUAAAAACUGAGCUAAAAAUUAUGAAAGAAAAAUGCGAAAAAGCUGAACGCGAUAAAAGCGAUGUACUGUUAAGAAGACUAGCCUCAUUGGAUACAACACCAACAUCACGCACAACUGCUUCUGAACUAUUGAAAUAUCAAGAAAAGGUAAAUGAGCUUAAAAUUAACUGUGAAACGCUCAAUGACGAUAAAAGAUCUUUAACACAUCGUAUAAGUCAGUUGGAAAUUGAAUUGCAAAAACACAAGAAUAAUAAACUGGAAUCAUCGAAUUUACAAACCAUUUGUAAUAAACUAAUAGCAGCUGAAACUAAAAUCGAAGAGUUAACCGAAGAAAACAAUGAUCUGACUAAAGAAUUGUCCAAUGUGGAACAAGAAAUAAGAGAUAAGUAUAGAGAAGAACAAGAUAACGAAUUUUUAAUGCUUAGACGAGAUUAUGACCAACUUUCAAAAAAUUGCCGUAUUUUAGCCUUUAAAUUGAAAAAGGCCGAAAGGCGCAUUGAAGAAUUGGACAAGGAAAAGACUGAAAAUGAAAAAAAUUGCAAAGAACUAAUAGAAAAAUUAGAAAAUGAAUUAGACAAACGGAAAAGUAUAUCUCCUCAAACGGAAUUAAAAAGAAGACCUAUGUUGGGUACAAUUGCUAAAUCCACAUCGGGAGAAAGAAUGUCAAGAGAGUCUCUUACACGAGGAGAUUCACAAGAAGACCCUGUUCAACUUCAAAGAGACCUACAAGAUUCUAUUGAACGAGAGGCUGAUAUGCGAGAGCAGUUAAGAUUUGCUGAGGAAGAAGCAAAAAUGUUGAGAAAAAAAGUUUGUCGAUUGGAAGAGGAUAAUGAAACUAUGGCUCUACAACUAAAAAAAAUGGCAACAAAAACCAAAUAUCGUUCAUCUAGUGUUACGGAUAGAGACGAAGGUAUAUCUGACGUUGAAGAUGCUUCAGAAUUAAAAUUACUGCUUGAGUUAAGUGAGCAGGAAAUAGCUGUAUUAAAAAGAAAGUUAGAGGAAAUCGAAUCUGAAAGGGAUAAAUUCAAAAUAAAAGUUAUCGAAUAUCAAACAAAAACAUCAUCUAAAGUUAUAAAUAAACCUGCUUUAAAAACUACAUCAGCAAAAACUACAUAUGUCAAAGCAGAUGUCAAUAAUGAAUCAAAAGCUAUUAAACAAUUCGAAUCUAAAAUAACGGACCUCGAAACACAACUUAAGCAAGAGAUACAAAAAACAGAAAAAUUAAAAAUGUCUUACAAUAAAGAAUUAUCAUUAAAAGAAGUCUGCAUUGCAAAGUUAAAAGAGAAAACUAAUGAUGAUGAAAAUAAAAAACAAAUUGACUUGCAAAAUGAAUUUAAUAAAAAAAUCAAGAAACUUGAAAAUGAUUUAUUGCUUGAAAGAAAAAAUUCCACAGAUAUUUUGAGUAGAUUUGAAAUUUUACAAAAAGAAAAUAUAAAUUCUAAAUCUAAGUGGGCUGCAGAAAAAGAAAAAAUUCAAAGUUUAAUGGAAAUAAAAAAAAGAGAUUUAAAUAAACUAGAAGUAGAAUUUAAAAAACUUAAGGAUACUUAUGAUAAUUCAAAAAACACGUGGAGUAUAGAAAAAUUAAACUUAGAGAGACAAUUGAAGGAAGUCGAAAAAUCUCAUUCUUUAGAUGAAUGGAAAAAUGAGAAAGAAAAUAUGAAACGAAACAUUGAAGAAAAUGUGAGAGAAAUUAAUACAUUGCACAAACAAUGCACUCAGUACACGAAUCAAAUUGAGAAGCUUAGAAAAGAAAAUGAUAACCUUCAAAAAAAUCUAGACGACUUCGAAAAAGUUGUUAAAGUUCAGCACAACUUAUCUAUGGAGACUAAAUCACUAGAGAGUUCCUUGAAAGAAGCAAAAAUUAAAUUAUACAACGAAGAACAAGCCAAAAAAAUUGAAAUCGCUGCUUUAAAAGUACGGUAUGAUAAUCGUAUAGCAAUACUUUCUGAAGAAAUUAAAAAUAGUCAAUUUCAAACAUUAAGAUUUAAAAGAGAACGCGAUUCUUUCAAACAAAUGCUGGAGACGUCUGAAAAACAUACGAGUACAAAUAUUAAUAAACAACAAAAUAUAAGUAAAGACGAUGAACUACAAUUACUCCAACAACAGGUGUCUUGUAUGGAAGAACAAUUGUCUGAAGCAAGAUUGGAAUGUUCGCGUUUGAAAACUGAGUUAGUCACAGAGAAAUCAUCAUGGGAAAUAACAAAAUCAGAAAUGACAUCACGUCUCAAUAAAUUGGAAGAAGAACGACUUCUUAACUCUGGUAGAACGAAACUUCAAGGCUUAAAAGCAAAAAUGGAAUUGGCAUGGCAAAAAGAACGUGAAGAUCAGCAACGACUUUUACAAGAAACAUCUACAUUAGCUAGAGAUUUGAGACAGACUUUAUAUGAAGUUGAAAGAGAAAGAGAUAAAGAAAGAUUAGAAACUAAACGUCGAAUUGAACAUUUAACCAAAAGUAUGGAUGCAGAUCAACAAGAGAACAGAAAAAAAGUUAAUGAGAUCCAAUGUGAUCUUAUGGAUUUACGAGAUGCUCAUGCAAAGUUGAGAACAAUUAACGAAAAACUUAGAAAAGAGAAGGAUAAAAUUGAACAGGAAUGCGAAUCUCUUAAAUUAUGCAAUAUUCGGUUAAGAUCGGAUCCCCAGAUGGAAUUAAAAAUAAACAACAUAGCACAAUUAAUUAACAAUUUAGUAGCUACAUAUUCAGAACAAAGCGAAACAAAUAAAUUACAACUAAGAUCAAAUACUCCUACUCCACCAGCAAGAAAACGAAUAUUUAAGUCUAGGGAAGCAUCUCCAGACUUAUCUUCGGAUGAUAAACUUUUAUACUCUGAAAAAAAUAACCAAGAGAAAAUAAAAAAUUUACUUUUGAAAGUCAAUGAUUUAUCUAAAGAUUUAGUUUCUAGUAUUUCUCAAAAAGAUGCUAAAUGUAAGCGAUCACUGUUCUCAAAUAGAUCAGCGUCAAGUGAAAAUGAUCCACAUGAGAAACCUCCUAUAAGAGGAAGUUUAUAUAGGAAGAGUUUAUCUUUAGAACAAAACAUGGAAAAUACUGAACAAGAUAUUUGGAAAAAGGAUGAACAUAAUUUACCAAAGAAAAAGUUAACAAAAAAAUUAAGCAGUUUUGACAGUCAGCAAUCACAUAGUUCAUCGAAAAGUGAUAUUGUAACCAGCGAGAAACCUAAAAAAAAAGGACUUCUUGGAAAAUUGAAAAAAUUAACAAAAAGUUCAAAAAGUUUCGAUCACGAUAGUGAUUCUUCUGUUAAAAGUAAUUCAAGUGUUCACAGUUUUGAUAUAACAACUGGUAAAGAAACCAAAGGGAAAAUUACUGAUAUAUUUAAGACAUCAACAUUACCAAAUUUAAAAAAGAGGUCAAUAUCUCCAUCAAUAUUUAGAAAGUCUGACAGUUCGAGAUAUUCCCCAUCACCAUCAACACGAUCAGAUGAAUAUGAAGAAAUGCCAUAACUAGUCAUUGUAGAAUAUUGUUAUGUUAUAAAAGUAUUAAAAAAUAAUUAUAUAAUUAAAUUAAAAUUAUUCUUGAAUUGUAUUGUGAUAGAUCAAGUUUUAUGAUAAUUGUUUUCAAGUUUUACACAGUUUAUGUCUGUAUAACUGUAAUAUUGAGUAGUUAUUCAAUAUACUUUUGAUCCAAUAUUAAAACGUUUAAUUA